AUGGAGAAUCACUCAAUGGUAUUACCUCAUAUCACUGAAACUACUACUACUACUUUGACAAGUAAUAAUAAUAAUAUAAUAUCUAUUGAUGACUUGGUUGAAAGAUUUACAAGUAAUGAUGACAGCGGUGGUAGUAAGAUGAAGAAGAAGAGCGUGAAUUACACAUCUAUACACAUGGCUCAUCAGGUAUAUCUUGACCUGUAUGUGUUGAAGCACUGGUACAGCAUUGAGUUUGGUACAGUUGACAUUACAACAAACACCAAAGCGUCGUCGGAGGAGAGUAUUGUUGUACUCUUUGCUAAAGAGUCGGAACAAGCAAGUGGAUUGAGUGUGAUCAUUCCUUCAAAGAUCACCUUAAACUGGUCCAUUGUAUUACUAGCCGAACUUUAUCAUAAGGCAAAUGAACAAGCAAGACGGCACUUGGUGGCGCCACAAGAUGCUAAAGACUACAACAACAACAAAGAGACACCAUCUACAGUGGAGACUCCACUAGCAAAGAUACUCGUGAUAUUAUGCUUUCUAGAUCAAGAUUCUUCAUUGUCAUAUUACCGAAUGGCAAUGCCCACAUUUGCGAACCACCCAACAACACAAUCACCACCACUGUCAACAACUACAAUAUCAACAGUCGCAUGG